GCUGACCAGUGACCGGCGGACGGCUGGCUGACCACCGCGGAGCGACCACAGGUAUCUGCAGGCGCCAAGAUGCGUGAAAUUGUGCACAUCCAGGCGGGCCAGUGUGGGAACCAGAUCGGCUCAAAGUUCUGGGAGAUCAUUUCAAACGAGCACGGCCUGAGCAACGUCGGCCUGUACGAGGGCGACUCGGACCUGCAAAUCGAGCGCAUCAACGUCUACUUCAACGAGGGCAGCGAUGCCAAGUACGUGCCGCGCGCCGUGUUGGUGGACCUGGAGCCGGGCACCAUGGACGCCGUCCGAGCCGGGCCCAUCGGCAAACUCUUCCGACCAGACAACUUCCUGUUCGGUCAGUCCGGCGCCGGCAACAACUGGGCGAAGGGCCACUACACAGAAGGCGCCGAGCUGGUAGACAGCGUCCUCGACGUGGUCCGACGAGAGGCAGAGAACUGCGACUGCCUGCAGGGCUUCCAGCUUGCGCACAGUCUGGGCGGCGGCACCGGCUCCGGCAUGGGCACCCUGCUCAUCUCCAAGGUGCGCGAGGAGUACCCGGACCGGAUCAUGACCACUUUCUCGGUCACACCGUCUCCCAAAGUCUCCGACACGGUCGUCGAGCCGUACAACGCCACACUGUCCACGCACCAAUUGGUCGAGAACACGGACCAGACCUUCGGCAUCGACAACGAGGCGCUCUACGACAUUUGCAACAACCAGCUGAAGCUGAUGAAUCCUACGUACGGUGACCUAAACCACCUGAUAUGUCUCUGCAUGUCGGGUGUCACCACUUGUCUGCGCUUCCCCGGCCAGCUGAACGCCGACCUCAGGAAACUGGCCGUCAACAUGGUGCCCUUCCCGCGUCUGCACUUCUUCGUGCCCGGCUUUGUGCCGCUAGUGGCGAGGCCCAGCGAGUCGUACCGAGCACUCACCGUGCCGGAGCUCACCCAGCAGAUGUUUGACGGUCGAAACAUGAUGGCCGCCUGCGACCCCCGGCACGGUCGCUACCUCACUGCGGCCGCCAUCUUCAGAGGACGCAUGUCCAUGAAGGAGGUCGACGAGCAGAUGCUCAACAUCCAGAAGAAAAACUCCAGCUACUUCGUGGAGUGGAUUCCGCACAACGUCAAAACCGCUGUAUGCGACAUCCCGCCGCGAGGUCUGAAAAUGUCAGCCACAUUCAUCGGUAACACAACUGCCAUCCAGGACCUUUUCAAGCGCAUCUCUGAACAGUUCACUGCCAUGUUCCGGCGCAAGGCUUUCCUCCACUGGUACACCGGCGAGGGCAUGGACGAGAUGGAGUUCACCGAGGCCGAGAGCAACAUGAACGACCUCAUCUCCGAGUACCAGCAGUACCAGGAGGCCACUGCCGAUGACGUAGAGUAUGAUGAAGAGGAGGAUCUCGAAGGGGAAGGCAUGGACAUUGGACAAUGACCAAUACGAUGAUCAGGAGUAGCUGAGGCACCGUCACGUUCAGACUUUGAAACAACGAUCCUGUGGAAGGCGAUGAAACCUUUUCCGGCGGGUGCCGGGACGUUCGCACAGCUGUAUUCUGAAGGUCACCUUCUUUCGGAAACUUGUCUAUCUGCUUACACUUGCCUGUGAUUAUCUCUGUUAUUGUAACAGCAUGAAGUUGUAUCAGUAAUCAUGAUUUAUAAAGGAAAAACAAAUGUUUUGGCAUUCUUUAAAAGCAAUAUGUUAAAAUAUACUCUAGUCACUUUUACUAAAGUUGAUUCAGGACAUUACGUACAUAGGUAUUCCUCAUUAUUGCUUACCUUUUUACAUUCAUUGUAGGUAUGUGUAAACCUUGUUUUGCCUUUUGCAAUUCAAUAUUAAACAUCUAAUCAUUUUACAACGAAAACAUCACAAUGUCAUCGAUGCAAACAUCAAAUGGAUGGCUCAUUUGUUAUACCUAAAUGUAAGAUAUAUUCAUCAUUAGCAUACAGCACACCAGUCGUAGCUCAUAAACGAAAUGGAUGCAAUGAAUACGGCGAGUAAAUACAUCAAAUACGC